UCCAAGAACACUGCAAGAAUCUUGAACUGUUAUUAGAGGCUUUUGCGUACUGAAAUCAGAGUAGAAAAAUGCUAUGUUUGCAGAAAGUCGAAGGGAAAUCCUAUGAUCCAUCUCUGCAACCGAAAAAAUUUUUGCUUAAACCGACUGUCACUCGUCUCGGACGCAGUGGUGAAAACUCGGAUGUUGUUAUGGACAGUGCCAUGUGUCCUUUAAUGAUUAGUCGUGUUCAUGCUGAAAUUCAUUUCAAUGAUGGAAGGUUCAGGAUUAAUUGUCAAGGACUGACCGGGCUGCUAGAAAACAAAACAAAGCGUAGUUCUGCUGUCCUUUGCGAUGGUGAUGUAGUUGUCUUAGGAGGUGCAGGAGCUAAAACGAAAGAAGGACAGAGUUUGUCAGCGUACGAUUCGGAACUUGUUUAUGUUUUUAGUGAGGUCUGCCAAAAUGAUUCUGAAGAAGUGGGCUCCUUUGGAGAAGGAACUAACGAUGGGAGUGUGCGAAGGCGAACCAAACGGAAAAAGCCUGUAUCACCAAGUGAACUACAGAGGUUUGGUUGUAUCAGGGACUGGCUUUGUCAUUCAAAAGACUGUCCAAACUGUAGAGCAAAGGCUCAACUCAAGUCUGCUGUACCAGUGAAGGUGUUAGACAAUACAAUAAACAAACUAGCAGAAGAAGUUCUUUCUCCAGAGGAACUGGGAGAGAGGCAUCUAAAAAUUCAGGAGAUGAGCAAAGAAGCAAAAACGAAAACUCAAAAGAAAGUUGUUCCUGCUUCAUCAACCAGGUCAGGGCUUGAUAGUGAAAGUGAAUCUGAUCAAGAAAGUAGUGACAGCGAGAAUUACCCAGAAGAGCCCCAGUCUGUACAAGUUGUUAGACUGAGAGGGACUGUGACUGGGUCUGGGGAAAGGGUGGAAAUAUCUCAGCAAGGGUAUCUAGAGCGAAACGUCACUAGAAUUACGUAG